UCCGGCGCGGCCAUGCUGGCGGAGGGGCCGGCACCGAGCCAUGCGGAGCUGGGGGGUGCUCGGGGGCGCGGCGGCGGCGCUGGCGGCCGGGAUUUAUGUCCUGUGGGGUCCCAUCAGCGGCAGGAAACGGCGGCGGAGAGGGCUCGUGCCAGGCCUGCUGAACCUGGGCAACACGUGUUUCAUGAAUUCCCUGCUGCAGGGCCUGUCCUCCUGCCCCUCGUUCAUCAGGUGGCUGGAGGAGUUCACAGCCCAGUACAGGACGGAGCAGGAGCAGCCCCAGGAGCAGCCCCAGCACCUCUCAGUGACUCUGCUGCAGCUCCUCAGAGCUCUGUCGUGCCAGGAGGUGCCAGAGGACGAUGUCCUGGAUGCCAGCUGCCUGCUGGAGGUGCUCAGGAUGAACAGGUGGCAGAUCUCCUCCUUUGAGGAGCAGGAUGCCCACGAGCUGUUCCAUGUCCUGACCUCUUCCCUGGAGGACGAGCGGGAUCGGCAGCCCCGUGUGACCCAUCUGUUUGAUGUGCAUUCUCUGGAGCAACCAGAAAUAAUCCAAAAGCAAAUAAGCUGCAGAACAAGAGGAUGUCUUCCCCCUGUGUCCAACCACUGGAAAUCCCAGCACCCUUUCCAUGGAAGGCUGACCAGCAACAUGGUCUGCAAACACUGUGAGCACCAGAGCCCUGUGAGGUUUGACACCUUUGACAGCCUCUCCCUGAGCAUUCCAGCAGCUGUGUGGGGUCGUCCCAUGACACUGGACCAUUGCCUCCAUCACUUCAUCUCCUCAGAGUCUGUCAAGGAUGUUGUGUGUGACAACUGCACCAAAAUCCAGGCACAAGGAAUUCUGAAUGGACAGAGCAUAGAAAACCAGAGAACAACAUUUGUUAAGCAAUUAAAGUUAGGAAAGCUGCCCCAGUGUUUGUGCAUCCACCUGCAAAGGCUGAGCUGGUCAAACCAAGGCACUCCCCUGAAGAGACACGAACACGUCCAGUUCAACGAGUUCCUGGUCAUGGACAUCUACAAAUACCGAGUUCCUGGUCCCAAAUCCUGCCAGGAGCAGCUCAGCCAGAAAAACCCUGAGGAGACAACCCCUGGAAUAAAGGAUGGGAGAGCAGGGAAACCUUCAGAUGCAGAACAACCAGCUGGUACCAAACCUCUCUUCAUGAAUGGUGCCUCCUCUUCCUCCUCCUCCUCUCCCUCAUUUUUAAUGUCCCCAGGAAGUUUCCCACUUGCUGCAUUCCCCGAGUGCAGGGCCCCGCUGUACCUGUACCGCCUGAUGGCCGUGGUGGUUCACCACGGGGACAUGCACUCGGGACACUUCGUCACCUUCCGGCGCGCGCCGGGCGCCCGCGGCAGCCAGUGGCUCUGGAUCUCGGACGAGUCGGUGCGCAGGGCCAGCCUGCACGAGGUGCUGGCAGCCAGCGCCUACCUGCUGUUCUACGAGCGCGUGCACGGCCGGGGCCAGCCCCAGAGCCCGGCCCAGAGCUGAGACGGCGCUGCUGGGACAGUCCCAGCCCUCGGGAUGGUCACAGCCCUCGGGAUGGUCACAGCCCUCGGGGUCAUCCCAGCCCUUGGGGUCAUCCCAGCCCUUGGGGUCAUCCCAGCCCUCAGGAUCAUCCCAGCCCUUGGGGUCAUCCUAACCCUUGGGAUGGUCACAGCCCUUGGGGUCAUCCCAGCCCUCGGGGUCAUCCCAGCCCUUGGCGUCAUCCCCAAGGGUGAUCAUGGAGAGGGAUUGGGACCCUCCUGGGAUGGUCACAGCCCUCAGGGUCAUCCCAGCCCUCGAGACUGUCCCAGCCCCUGGGACGGUCCCAGCCCUCAGGAUCGCCCCAGUCCUCAGGACCAUCCCAGCCCUUGGGACUGUCCCAGCCCCUGGGAUGGCCCUUGGGUUCAUCCCAGCCCCUGGGAUGUUCACGGCCCUUGGGGUCAUCCCAGCCCUCAGGACCAUCCCAGCCUUUGGGAUUAUCCAAGCCCCUGGGAUGGUCCCAGUCCUUGGGGUCAUCCCAGCCCUCUGAACCAUCCCAGCCUUUGGGACCAUCCCAGUCCUUGGGAUUAUCCAAGGCCUUGGGAUGGCCCCAGCCCCUGGGAUGGUCCAAGCCCCUGGAAUGGUCCAAACCCUGGGAUGGUUCCAGCCCCUGGGAUGGUUCCAGCCCCUGGGAUGGUCCAAGCCCCUGGGAUGGUCCAAGCCCUUGGAUGGAGCCUCUCCAUUAUGCAAACCUCCCCCUGUCCAGGCUCCCUUCCUGGUGGGAGCAGCUGGGAGUUGUGGUUUGUACCCAGGUCCUGCUGUUCCAGCACCGUGCAGCCCCAGGUGUGUUUGAGAAGUGUUUUCUGCCUGUCCCAAGGCUCUGCUCCAUGUCCUGACACCGCACUUUUCCCAGGGAGAUGCUUCAUCCCAUCCCACACAUUUCACUUCCCAAGGGAGAGCCCUGCAAAGAGUUGAUGUCAAGCUGCUGUUGAGGAGCCCCUGCCCAUCCCAAUCCCUCUCCACGAUGCACCAGCCCCUCCAGGUUCCCUUCCCUGUGGCAAUGGCUGGGAAUUGUGUUUUGUACCAAAAUUCCCAGAGCUGUUCCAGCCCCAAGUGUUGAGCAGCCCUUGUCUGUCAGGCAGGGAUUUUAUCCCAAGGCUCUAUUCCCGGUGUUUCCCAGUGGGGAGCCCUGGGAGGGGGUGAUGGGAAGCUGCUGCUGGCAGUGAUUUAAGACACAAAAGUGCCUUGAGCUUCCCUGAGCAGCUGCAUUGCCACUGGCCCAGCCCUCUGCAUGCCCACUGUGUCCUGGGAAUGCCUCACACCCAUGGGAUGAACCCAUGGAAUCCCAUUCCUCCUGACCCAUCAAGUCAAGGCAUCUCCACAAACUGUCCCCCAUCCAAAAGAUUUCCCUGGUCACACAAUUUUCCUCCCACUUUACUUCUUUAUAUUAUAAAUUCCUUCUCCUGAUUUAAACUGCUUUAUCCAGGAGAUAAUUUUGUAUCUAUUAAGAGCUGAAACCUUAAUUUAUUGCUCCAUACCUUUGGAAUCUAGCUGGAAUCAGCACAUGGAAGUGUUUGCUAGUGCUCAGUGUUGUCAUUUCCUUCAGCACUGUUGAAUCCAGUUGUUUUGUAGCAUCAACUACAACUUUUAAUGCUGUGAUUUCCAAGCUGCUGUAACUGUUCUAGACUUGCCCUUCCCAUUUUAUUGCUGGAAUCUGCUAUUCCCAACACUGGGAUCCAUGCUCCUGGCUUGCAGCCCCUGGCCUUGUUAAAUAGAAUAUAAACAACAGGGCCAGGACUGGUGGGCACUUACUGGUCUCAUGAAGAAAUCUGGGAAUCCUGCAUCAGCUCCAGCCUGCCCUGUAAAUAGAAAUAAGGGGAAUUCUGCUGCUCUGGAUUGUUUGAUGUGCAAAAAAAAAAUUAAAAAAAAUCCCAAAGCACAGAGGGAAAAGCAGCAAAAGUCCUCCUUUAAAAACCUGCUUUUAAAUAACCAGGAAUAAAAUAUGUAGGUUGUUUUUAGCUCUUUUCUGUCCUUGUAAGCUUGGAGGAGAAAAAUGCCUCAUCAGACAAGCUUUUUUUUUCAGUGUGAAGUUUUCAAAUAACAACUGUCUUAAAUAGUUUUUUUAGGGCAACUUUGUACCUCAUGAAUUCAUAGUGCUGCCCAAAGCUCGGGGGUGUUCCCACUUCCUCAGGAGAGGCUCCAAACCAGCCAAAGCAGGAGUGGUAAAAUAGGUGGAUAUGCAAAAUUAUUUACAUAACUCAUCAUUCCAGAGUCUGGAGCACAAUUCCUGGCCCAGGUAAAUGCUCAUAGUACAUAAAUAUUGAUAAAUCCACUGCUGGACUGGGACCUGGUUCCUGGCUGUGCUGCACGAGCAGUAGCUUGGUUUUAACCUGCUUUAAUUUACAAAAAAACAAGAAAACAAACAAAAAGGAUGCAAAAUGCCAAAAAUUUUCUCUGGCCAAUGAAGGAAGAGCUGACAGAGCUGGAGAAGGAGCCAGCCCUCCCUACUGGGAGCCAUCGAAAACCAUCACCCCUGCAUCUCCCUGCAGCAGAUCUGCCCCUGCAGCCCAGAACUGAAACCAUUUCCAGUGCCAGCAGUGGCAGUCCUGCAUUCUCCAGGCUCAGUGCUCUGCUUGGGGGGUUUUUCCUGAAUUUGGGGGGGUUUUUCUUGGAUUUGGGGGUUCAGCUGAGCAGCCCCUUGGUUGUGCUGGCGGAGGGGCAGAGGACACGCACACUAUGGACUGAAACCUGAAAUCUGGCAGCUGGGACCAGCAGGUUUUCUUUGCCAAGAGCUGUUUCCCUGGGCUGUGGAUUGACUCUGGAUCUCCCUCAAGGGCUGUCAAGGGGAGGGUUGAGCCUUUUUUUUUUUUGGCUUUGCUUGGAGGGGAGGAGUAAAUGAGCUUGGCUUAACUCUCAGGUGAGGAAGGGAGCAAAGCCCAGCACCUCAGUCCUGGCCCUGAGCUGUGCCAGAUCCUGACAGCCCCCUGUGAGCUGGGCAAUCUGUGCAGGGCUUUGGGAGCUCAUCCUCCCCUCUGGAGGUCACUGGGAUCUGUUUUCCAGCCAGCCACA